GACCGCCCGCGCUCUUUGCUCCCUCCGUUCACGACUUCCCCCCUCCCCUCGUCAUGGCCCCUGAUGCGCCGCGCCCGUGGUACAAACGGGUCUUGGCUUUCAGUAUAGAGGGUUUAUUCACCUCCAAACGGGAGCCGGGUCCGCCUCGUACGGUUUAUGUCAACCAGAACCUUCCCGCCGAUCUUCUCGACCACAAGGGAAGGGUCAAAUCAGACCAUGUCUAUACCACCAACCAAGUCAUUACCUCCAAGUACACGAUCAUUACCUUCCUGCCGCGAAAUUUGUUGGAACAAUUUCGGCGUGUCGCCAACCUUUUCUUCUUGGCCCUCGCAAUCAUCCAAUUCUUCCCCACCUUCGCGACAGUCUCGGUUGCCGUGGCCAUUCUACCCCUACUCAUCGUUCUCGCGUUCUCUGCCAUCAAAGAUGGAUGGGAGGACGUUCUGCGGCAUUUGUCUGACAAACGCAUGAAUCAUAGUCAAACUCUCGCGUUAAGCGCAGAUGGCUGGAUCAACCCGAAUAAAAUGGGCGGCAAAAGUAAGACUUUCGUCCCUGGGGUUGCCCGCCCCAAGAAGAGCCGACCGGUGCUCGUGAACGAGGGGUUGGUGGUGGAUAGUGCGGAUUGGGAAGCCACUUCUUGGGAAGACAUCCGCGUUGGCGACUUUGUCAAAGUGCGAGAUCAUGAAGCUAUUCCUGCCGACAUGAUCAUCUUGGCUACAUCUGAAGACGACAAUGUGGCAUUCGUCGAAACGAAGAACCUGGAUGGAGAGACAAAUCUCAAAUCGCGACACGCUGUGCAAGGCCUCUCGCAUCUUGGUUCUGCUGUCGAGUGCGCCAAACCCGAGAACGCGUUUUCCGUCCAAGUGGACCGACCAGACAACAACAUGUAUCGGCUCAACGCGACUGUGACCAAAGGCGACGAGAGUUACCCCAUCGACCUCUCUAUGACCCUUUUGCGCGGGACGGUACUGCGGAAUACAGAAUGGGCGAUCGGAGUGGUUGUAUUCACCGGACAGGACACAAAGAUCAUGCUCAAUUCAGGCGGUGCACCCAGUAAACGAGGCCGAGUGGAAAGGCAGAUGGAUCCCCAAGUUCUGAUCAACCUUUCCAUCAUGUGUGCACUGGCCGUCGCCUGUGCUAUUGGCAACUCCGUCUUGGAACAUCACUACGCAAGCAGAAACGCGCCAUGGCUGUAUGGCGACAAUAUUCCCGGAGACAAUCCUAGCAUCAAUGGAUUGAUUACCUUCAUCUUUGCUUUCCUCACGUUUCAAACCAUCGUGCCCAUCUCCCUGUACAUCUCGAUGGAAGUCGUUCGCUCCUUCCAGGCUGCAUUCAUUUUUUUCGACAAGGAGAUCUGCUACGACAAAACGGGUCAGGCCACCAUCGCGAAGAGUUGGAACUUGGCGGAUGAUCUUGGUCAAAUCGAGUAUAUCUUCUCGGACAAAACGGGCACACUCACUCAGAAUUUGAUGGUUUUCCGAGAGUGUUCGGUUGGAGGGAAAGAGUACACCGGCAACUUGGGCGAAGAAGAAAGCGGAGAGAAUUUGAAACAUCGGUUCUCGUCUUCGACGUCCCUCAAUGGAUCGGCAGGCGGCCUACCUCAUUUCAAGGAUGUCGAUUUGACAGCCGAUCUGGAGGCAGCUGUGUCAGCUAACGCAGAUUCGGGUGAUGCCGAACUGGCACGAUCUCUAAACGGAUUCUUCAAAGUUCUGGGGCUCUGCCACACCGUUCUCACGGGUCAAGAUAGCACCGGCGCGCUGGAGUAUAAGUCACAAUCACCCGAUGAAGCUGCUCUUGUUCAGGCCGCUGCUGACGUUGGAUUCGUGUUCUUGGGACGAGACCGGGACAUGCUCUCUUUGCGCACUCCAUUUUCGCCAGAACCUGAACGCUAUCAGUUGUUGAACAUUCUCGAGUUCACCAGUGCCCGGAAGCGCAUGAGUGUGGUCGUGCGACAUGUCGAUGGCCCGGAUAACCGCCUGUUCCUGCUCACGAAAGGAGCUGACAGCGUUGUCUUCGAGCGUCUCCGGCCCGGGAAUGAUCAACUCAAAGACCUCACCGAGACCCAUUUGAGCAACUUUGCCAAUAAUGGGCUGCGGACUUUGACAUUGGCUUACAAGAUUGUGCCGGAGGACGAAUAUACCGCUUGGAGCGAACGUUAUCACGAGGCCUCAAUCGCAUUGGAUGAUCGUGAAGAGAAGAUCGAGGCCGUUUCGGAGGAGCUGGAGAAGGACCUUCGUCUGCUCGGUGCUACCGCUAUCGAAGACAAACUGCAAGACGGGGUUCCCGAGACUAUUGCUGACUUGAAGCGGGCCGGUAUCAAAAUCUGGGUCGCAACUGGUGACAAGCUGGAGACUGCCAUCGCCAUCGGCAAGAGCACCAACUUGAUCACCCCGGAUUCGAACAUCAUCAUUGUUCGCAGCGGGAGUGGAGGGCGGACAAUCGAAGAGCAAAUGCAACUGGCGUUGGACACGUACUUCCCGGACGGCGGAACAGAACUGGAACGGACCACUUCUGGGACGUAUCCGCUGCAACGCAUUGAUACGGGUGUUCGAUCUAUCGUUGGUGAUCAUAACGGGGAACGACCUGGUGGAUUCGUGCUCGUCAUCGAUGGCGGAGCCCUGCUUCAUGCUCUGGACGGCGAGGAGAACAAGGCGACGCUGCUCAAAUUGGGGACACUGUGCGAGGGUGUCAUCUGCUGUCGUGUUUCUCCAUUGCAGAAGGCUCUCAUCGUUCGACUGGUCAAGGACGGUCUUCAUGCGAUGACACUGGCCAUUGGCGACGGUGCUAACGAUGUCAGCAUGAUCCAAGCCGCCGAUGUCGGCGUGGGUAUCUCUGGAGAAGAGGGCUUGCAGGCUGCCAACUCGUCGGACUAUGCGAUUGCUCAGUUCCGAUUCCUGAAAAAGCUACUGCUUGUCCAUGGCCAUUGGUCUUACUCUCGCAACGGCACUAUGAUUCUCAACUUCUUUUACAAGAACAUCGGUGUGUCCUUCCAAAUAUAUCUCCCCGCGGUAUGUGCUCAUUCAACGGCCAGUACCCACCGGCGUCUUGUUCUGGUUCCAGAUCUAUGACUUCUGGUCUGCGACUUUCGUCUUUGCUUAUGUCUACAUUCUGUUCUGGAACUCGCUGUUCACGGUUCUCCCUGUGAUUGCGAUUGGAGUCUUCGACCGCUUUGCAGACUCUGACAUCCUUAUGGCUGUUCCUGAAUUAUAUCAUUUCGGUCGCGAAAGACAUUGGUUCAAUCUCAAAUCCUUUGCUGUCUACAUGCUCGAUGGGCUCUAUCAAUCCGUCAUCUUGUUCUUCUUCAUCAUGAACACGUAUAUCACAACGACCGCGCGCUCGGAUGGAUACUCUCCGUACAUCAAUGAGAUGUCCACAACGAUGGCUCUGUCCGCCAUUCUCGUCGCCAAUUUCUACACAGGUCUAACGGCCACCGCCUGGACAUUCUGGAUCUUCUUUGCUCUGGCCUUUGGCCUGUGUGUCUCGUGGGGAUUUACGGCUAUCUACUCGUUGGUUCGUCCGGGGUAUGCUGUCACAGCUUUGUACGGCAACUACCACUUCCUCUUCACUUCGGCCGCGUUCUGGUUGUCUAUCCCGCUUACCUUCUUCCUUGCGUUUACCCCUCGAUUCCUGAUCAAAGCCUGGAACUUUGGCUAUAACCCGAACGACAUCGACAUGCUUCGCUGGAUGCAUAUCCAGGAUCCGGAACGCGAUCUGUCCGAACUGACCAUUCGCCCCUCCGCUUUGAAGCCGAGACCAGCGUCCAUGGCCUCGCGACGGACAUCCAGGACGGGCAGCAUCACCACUAUUGAGCGUCCGCGGAUGUCUGUCGACAUGCGCUCGGCCAGUCGCACGGACAUGUCGACAGGCUUAGUCUCCGUCGACCGGGGUUUCGACUUCGCGACGGAGGAGCGAGGGCCGAUGAUCCAGCGGAUGCAGACCAAUCUGUCGGAGAAGCGGAUGAGCAACAUGCAUCUGCCGUUGAAUAAGGAGAAAACCAAGGGACGAAUGUCGAUCCGGAAGGGGCUCAAGUCGCUGACUAGAAAACAGCGAGAGCAUGAAUGACGAAUGACCUAUGAUUUAUUUAUUCGUUCCUGUAUUCCACACGCAUGUAUCUACUACUUACCACUAUCUCGAGGGCCGUGUGUUCAUCUAAUAGAAUCUAUGUGAUUUGGACUGUUUUAA